GAUUGAUGAUGCAUAAUGUCUCUGUGCAGCCUUUCUUUCUUCUGCUGCUUACUGUCUGUGACUUGAGGCCAAACUACUGCUGCCUUGCUGGAGGGUUAAAGGAGGACAGAAGUGGGGGUCGAGACCAAGAUUUGAACCUAUAGUACUACAAGCUGUGUCCUUUCGUGGUGCUUGUACUGAGCCUCCGUUCCAGAGUCAGCCAGUUCAACAUUGGGUCAAUGAAGAUGCCUACUGUGAAGUAUCAGAGCGGGGACAUGGUAAUGGGCCGCUGGCCUGGCAGCAACCUGUAUUAUGAGGUCAAGGUGCUGGGCUUUGAUUCCAAGAGUAGCCUUUACACCGUCAUCUACAAGGAUGGUACCGAGCUGGAGCUCAGGGAGCAAGACAUCAAGAGUGCUUUAGGUUUCCAGACCCGCCCACGCUCUCGUUCCCGAUCUCGAUCUCCAGGCCGUCGUCGCAGCCGGUCACGCUCCCCAGGAAGGACCACGAGGCGCUCAUCCUCCCGCACGGCGGCAGCCGUCGCUGCUGCAGCUAUAACUGAUGGCGCACCGUCCUCCCGCAGGGAUACAAGGCUGAAGGACUCACUAGAAGUCAGGCUGAGUCCCCUGCAACAGACAAAGGCAGCCGAGAACAAUAGCAACAAUCAGCAUGAAAAGAAAGAGGAGAAACAAAAAGAGGAGAAUAACACUGCUAACACAGUGAUUGAGAAAUCUGAGGCGACAGUAGAAGCAGAGCCUGAUAGGAACCAAGGCCGUUACAAUCUGCGCCGCAGGAAGGACGAUGGAGAGGGCAAACCAGUUGAGGCCAAACCAGAGCAGCUCGAGGAGAAGGAUGCCAAGCUGGCUCCUGCUGCAUCCCCCGCCACCCCUCUGGACUUUGGAGGCAAGAUGGGAGCAUACUUUUGGCUGCUCUUCCUGCCGGCCUGGGUUCUCUUCCUGGUACUCCAAGUCCACCAGGAAGACCCCAGUCUGACCAACUUCCCUCCCCUUCUGCCCCCUCUUGAAGCCUUCUGGGAUGCUCAGGCUUUUGGCUUUGUGAUCCUCUGGAUCUUAUUCCAGGCCCUUCUCUACAUACUGCCUGUCGGAAAGCUGAGCGAGGGCAUGCCCCUUCGGUCUGGGGAGAGGCUGAAGUACAGAACCAAUGGUUUCUUCGCCAUCACGGUGAGCGCUCUAGCUGUAGCAGCAGCGGUGCACCAGGGCAUCGACCUCACCUACAUCCACAGCCACUUCCUGCAGCUGGCCGCGGCCUCCCUCCUCAUCUCCGUCCUGCUUAGCGUCUACCUGUACGUCCGCUCUCGGUACGCUGCCACGGAGCAGCUGGCACUGGGGGGAAGCUCUGGCAAUGUGGUUUACGACUUUUUCAAAGGACAUGAGCUCAAUCCGCGCAUUAAAAAAUUUGAUCUGAAGUUCUUCUGCGAGAUGCGCCCUGGCCUGAUUGGAUGGUGUUUGAUCAACUUUGCGAUGGCGCUGGCUGAGAUGAAGGUGCAGGUUCUGGAUGCUCCAUCUUACUCCAUGAUCCUUGUGAACCUCUUCCAGCUGCUCUACGUGGUGGACGGCCUCUGGAAUGAGGAAGCCAUACUAACCACCAUGGACUUGAUGCACGAUGGUUUUGGCUUCAUGCUGGCUUUUGGUGAUCUGGUGUGGGUUCCCUUCACUUACACCCUGCAGGCCUAUUACCUGGUCCACCAUCCCAACCCCCUGAGCCUCCCUGCCGUCGCAUCCAUAAUCACACUCAAACUCGUUGGCUUCUACAUCUUCAGGAAGUCCAACUCUGAGAAGAACGCCUUCAGGAGGAACCCAUCAGACCCCAAACUGUCUCAUCUGAAGACUAUCCCCACAGCUACAGGAAAGAGUCUGCUGGUGUCUGGCUGGUGGGGCGUGGUCCGCCACCCUAACUACCUGGGAGACCUCCUGAUGGCUCUGGCCUGGUCCCUACCCUGUGGCUUCAGCCACCUCCUGCCGUGGUACUACAUGAUCUACUUCAUCAUCCUGCUCGUGCACCGAGACGCCCGUGACAUGAGCGAGUGCAGGAGGAAGUACGGCUCUGCGUGGGACGAGUACUGCAGAACAGUUCGCUACCGUAUCAUUCCACGCGUCUACUGAGGAACCUGGAGCUGGACACUCCUGAGCUGAGGCCUUAUUUUUACCUAAUAUUAUGGCUGUCAAGGCUCACCAAAAAAAACUUUAAUUUGAAUGGAUGAUAGACUAAUUAGAAUUCUUUUAAUCUGUUUUUUAAAUCCAAGAAUUUUUAAAAAUCUUGAUUCUGGACUGAAGGAGCUACAGUAUUUUGAAUUUUUUUGAUGCAAGAAACCCAGUGGUAUCAUGGACUAUUUGAAGAAUUGCCUUUUUUUAAAA